AUGAAGGAGUCUACUCAUACCCAUUCCACCAUCACCAACUUUCUCUCUCUCCUCAGUCUCUCAUCAAUCGCCCUCGCCGCCACAGAUCCCAUCUCACAUAAGCCUCACGCACGACUCAUCGCCCAGUUCCCAUCCCCCUCUCUCUUCCAAGAUGCCUCCAUCCAAGUCGGCGCCGCCAUCGAGCCAUGCCGCCCAGGAGAGCUAGUCUGCAACGACGGCUGCAUGCCCCCUCGCGCAGAAUGCUGCCCCGACGGCGACGGCUACUGUAAGCAGGGAUACGCGUGUGUCACCGACGGCUGCUGUCCCUUUGGCAAAAUAUGCGACGGCCGGAUCGUCUGCGAUUUCGGCGAAGUGCCUUGUGGCGAUAAGCAUUGCAUGCCCGAGGGGGCUGUCUGCUGUCCGGGGGGAUCGUACUGCCGUGCUGGAGAGACGUGUUUUCAGAACGGCUUUGAACGUUAUUGCCAGCAUGCGAAAAGUACCACCACCGAGGAAUCAAAGACAAAUAGCAUCGACAAACCAACGAGUUCGCAUGACCUGAGCACUACUGAGGCGCUGAGCUCUAUUAGAACGAGCCAUGAAGAAGCUUCGAUUCCAGCAUCAACAUCGACAUCAACAUCGACAUCAACAUCAACCUCCUUGGAGACAUCAUCUUCUGAGCAUGAGACCAGCAAGCCAGUAGUGCUGCCUACGCCUCAUCUCCCUGCAGAACCAUCAACUUCGUCAUCUGUAGAGGCACCGUCAACUACUACUUCGUCAGCACCUGCGUCAACCACUUCUCCGUCGAAUGAUAAUGCCGCGACUGUUGUUAAAGUCCCAGGCCUUGAACUCACACUUGCAUUGGCGUUGAUAUCAAUGGCCAUUAUUCGUCUUUAG